ACCUUUGUGAUUUUUUGUCCUCGUCACUUUUUUUCUCCGUUUCAGGUCAACUUCAAAUCCCUAAUCUCUCUCUCUCUCUCUCUCUCUCUCUCUCUCUCAAUUACAACUACUUUUCCCUCCAAUUUCGCUUCACCACGCAAGCACGGAUUCGUUGAUUUUGAUGUUUUCUCGCGUUUACGGAUUCUGAUCAUAGGGUUCCUCAUCCCCAGACCUCAUUCUCGCGUGUCUUUGUUUGGUUUCAAUGAUCUCACUUCUGCAGCUAUUAUUAUUAUUUAAUUUUUUAUGGUUUGUUUGUGUUGUUUUCGUUAGAGAUUUAGGAAUCUUUUCUUACGCUAUGUUUUGCGUUUCUCGUCGUGAGUAGGGUUCCGGUUUUUUUUUUUUUUUUAUGGCAAAUUAUGGUUCUGUUGUGUGUGCUUUUCUACGCGGGCAAGGUUUUUUGAGAAUUUGACCUGUUUUUUGUUUUGGUGGUUUUGCACUGAAACUGAAGUAGGGAACCAUUACUAAUCAAUUUUCGUGUAAUGUGUGUCCAGAUAGUUGUUAACUGUAUAUAUUUUGGGAACUUUUGAUAUGUCAAGUGGAUCCGUGAGGCGGGUUACCCGUGAAGAUAUUCAGCUGGUGCAAAAUCUCAUAGAACGAUGUCUACAACUGUAUAUGAGCCAGAAAGAAGUUGUAGAAACACUACUAGCUCAAGCAAAAAUAGAGCCUGGUUUCACUGAACUAGUUUGGCAAAAGCUUGAAGAAGAAAAUGAAGAGUUCUUCAAGGCUUAUUAUGCAAGAUUGGUUUUGAAGCAGCAAAUAUUGCAAUUCAACAAAUUGCUGGACCAACAAGUGCAAUUAAUGCGGUUACACUCAAGUGCAGUUGCAUCACUUCCUGCCUCUAACGGGUCACAUAUCCCUGCAGUUUCAUCACUACCUAACUCUAAUGGGUCACAUAUCCCUGCAAUACCUGAGAAUCCAGCAUGCUAUACUGCAGAGCGAACCCAAGCAAGUUUGAAGCCAGAAAAUAUGCAUCCUGUUGAUUCCAGUUUAUCUAACGUGUUUAAUAAUGGUGGGUCAUCACUCCAUUCUAGUAUGCAUGCUGCAGUUGAUAUGUCUGCUCAUGGCAAUAGGAUUAAUGGCCCUCCCAGCAUGCUUUCUGCUCAAAGUGCAAACAUGGGUCUGAUACAAGGAAUCAAUGGGGGGAUGAUCAAAUCAGAACCAGGAUAUUCUGGUUGUUCUCCUUACAUGUUUGGUACUGAUGGAAAUGUCCUGGAGGCACGCCCAACUAUUGGUGAUGCUUCAGUUACAUCUUUCCCUAAUGUUGAAGCGAACUCACAUUCUCUAAAUGAUGCAGUCCUAGAUCCAGACACUUCUUCCUUUGGUUUUUUGGGGCAGAUUCCCAGAAAUUUUAGCCUUUCAGAUCUGACUGCUGAUUUUUCUCAGAGUUCUGAUAUUCUGGAGAGCUAUUCUAGGUCACCCUUCCUAGCUACAGAUAACGAGAACUUCCUUGAAAGAGAACAGGACAAUAAUAGGCUGGACUCCAUAUCAGAAGGCUUAAGUUAUGAAGACUUUGGGAGUGAAUAGUUAUUACUCUUAGUCAUCAACACUUUGAGGUUGAACAAAAUGCUUAAAAUGUUGUACAUAAAAUUUAGAGUUUUCGAAAUUUUAACUCUUGGAUGAACAUAUGCAUUGGGGUGUAGAAAAUGCAGUCACUUCACUCUUAGUGAUGGGAAGUGAAAUUUGGAAUGCUUGCAUGGAAGGGAAAGACAUGGUGCAAAUAAAUAAUGAUUUUUUUUCCUUCUGUAUUGGGGCUUCUGUACUCUGUUUAUCCUACAUUGUGUUGCUAGAAUUAUACUGUUGUGUUUUGUUGAUUUUCUUGGAAUUAGACUGCAUAAAAUUGUUUAAUAGUAAAGAUAAAAACAGCAUACUUG